AUGUCCCCACGGGGCAACCGCUCAGAGGUGGCCGAGUUCAUCCUGGUCGGCUUCCCAGGCUCCCUGGGGCUCCACGUGUGCCUGCUGGUGCUGUUCCUGCUGGCCUACAUGCUGACCGUCAUGGAGAACCUGGCCAUUGUCGUGGUGGUGCGUGCCAGCCCGGCACUGCACAAGCCCAUGUACCUCUUCCUCAGCAACCUGUCCUUCCUGGAGGUGUGGUAUGUCUCCGUCACCGUGCCCAAGAUGCUGCUCAGCCUGGUGGCGCCCCGGUUCCGGCACAUCUCCUUCGCAGGCUGCAUGGCGCAGCUGUACUUCUUCCUGGCGCUGGCCUGCACCGAGUGCACACUGCUGGGCGUCAUGGCCUAUGACCGCUACGUGGCCAUCUGCCACCCCCUGCGCUACACCAGCAUCAUGAGUCCCAGCCUCUGCAGCCUCCUGGCCGCUGGUUCCUGGCUCUCUGGCUUCACCAUCUCCCUGGGGAAGGUGUUCUUCAUCGCUCGCCUGGGCUACUGUGGCCCCAACGUCAUGAACCACUUCUUCUGUGACGUGUCCCCGCUGCUGAACCUCGCCUGCUCCGACAUGUCCGUGGCGGAGCUCAUGGACUUCCUUCUGGCGCUGCUCAUCCUGCUGGGGCCGCUGCUGCUGACCGUGGCCUCCUACACGGCCAUCCUCGGCGCAGUGCUGCGCAUCCCGUCCACCGCCGGCCGGCACAAGGCCUUCUCCACCUGUGCCUCGCACCUGGCAGUGGCCGUCAUCUUCUACUCGGCCUCCCUCUUCAUCUACGCGCGGCCGCGAGCCAUCUACUCCUUCGACUACAACAAGCUGGUGUCCGUGGUGUACACGGUGCUCACGCCCCUGCUGAACCCCAUCAUCUACUGCCUGCGGAACCAGGAGGUGAAGCAGGCACUACGCAAGGUGAUGCAGAGGGCGGUCCAGGCCCUGGGUGUCCCCUCUUAG